CGAUUUCGAAUCUUCUCUGAAAUCACAGAAAUAUUUUCUUUCUUUCAUCUUCUCUUUCGAGAACCAAAAAGAAAGAAUGAAACGGAGGACAAAUUUGGGGUUUGUAGAUACGAUCUACGAAGAAGAAGACUACGUGGAUCACUCCUCUUCCUUCUCUUCUACUUCUUCAUCUUUGUCUCCUUCUCCUCAACCACGUAUCAAUCUCUCCUCUUCUUCAAUGGAGCUUGAAUCUAGAGUCAAUAAAUGGUCGUUGGUUAAUAAUUCUGAACCUGAUGUGUUGGUACAUGUGAAAGGCACAAGGUUCCAUCUUCAUAAGGAUCCUCUGUUAAGAAAGAGUGGCUAUUUAAAACGCCACCUAACGAACGUUAGCGAAUUAACUCUCUCACCGCCGUUAAACAUAACGUCCGAAACAUUCUCUUUCGUAACGGCUUUCUGUUACGGCGCUCACCUCGAACUAACGCCGUUCAAUGUCGUUUCCCUGAGAGUCGCCGCUGAGCUUCUUCUGAUGACGGGAGCUGGAGGAAACGACGUUAAAGAUAACCUUAGGAACUUAACGGAGUCUUAUCUCCGACGAGUCGUCUUCGUCAACGUCGACUACAUCAAGAUCGUUCUCCGUUCAUGCCUCGCAUUGCUUCCGGAGUCCGAAACGACGGCGUUUUUAGUUGGAAGAUGCAUCGAAGCUCUGACGGAAGUCGGGGAUGGAGAGUGCGUCAACGAGUUCCUCGAGCAAGCCGUUAUACUCCCCGCCGGAGAUUUUAUCAUCGUCGCCGGAGCCGUGCAGCAAAGGUUCCCGCGCCACGAUUUGCUUUAUAGAGUCGUUGAUGCUUACUUGAAGGAGCAUGACGGAGAGAUAACGGAGGAAGAGAAGGUUGACAUAUGUAACUCGAUAGACUGCAACAAACUCUCGCCGCCGUUACUCCUCCACGCCGUUCAAAACCCGAAAAUGCCCCUGAGGUUUAUCGUACGCGCGAUGCUACAGGAGCAGGUCAACACGCGCUACUCGAUCAUUGCCGCCGCGGACGCCGUCGCUACUUCUGCCGGACAUAGAAACAGAGAGAUCACCGAGGCGGAGAGAGACUCCUCCGUGACGCUGGGAUCGCUUCUGCAGCGAGACACUGCGGCGAGGCAAAACUGCCGGUUAAGAGCAGCGAUGGAUUCAACGAGCUCGAGGAUCAAGAGCCUGGAGAAGGAGCUUGACCAGAUGAAAAAGCUCAUAUCUAAAGAGUCAGAACGGAUCGUUGAGAAUGAGUAUAAGUCAAGGAGUGUGGUGGACUCUGCUCGGUCAGCGAGUUUCCAUUGCGUUCACAAUUCAAGUAACGUUAACACGAUGCAGAGAGGAGAGAGAGGUUCGGUUUCAUCACUGAGCACGACUUUCCGGCGAGGAGGAACGUCUGCACCGCCGCAGAAAAGUCUUGGUAAAAGAUUGAUUAAGGGAAUAAAGAAUGCUUUCUCUUCAUCAUCAUCCAAACAAGAAGUAAAGACAAAUGCAAAUACAGUUGAAGAGAUUUAUGAUGGAUUAGAAGAUUUCGUUUGGAUUAAAGAUGAUGACAACAUCUCUGAAGAACUUCACUCUCAUUACAUCAAGAACAAAUGAUCUCUCUCUCUAUCUCUUUUACAUUUAAUUUUGUAGCCAAGAGUGACUAUGUUUCUUCUUCUUCAAGUAAUGAAAUAUCC